ACCCGCCGCCGCCGGUCAUGUGGGCCGGACUGCUCCUCCGGGCCGCCUGCGUCGCGCUCGUGCUGCCGGGGACCCCGGCCCGCGGCUACACCGGGAGGAAGACGCCCGGGCACUUCGGGGCCGAGAGACGCCGGCUGGGCCCCCACGUCUGCCUUUCGGGGUUCGGGAGUGGCUGCUGCCCUGGCUGGGCGCCCUCCAUGGGCAGUGGACACUGCACCCUUCCCCUCUGCUCCUUUGGCUGCGGGAGUGGCAUCUGCAUCGCUCCCAAUGUCUGCUCCUGCCAGGAUGGAGAGCAAGGGCCCACCUGCCCAGAAGCCCACGGACCCUGUGGGGAGUACGGCUGUGACCUCACCUGUAACCAUGGUGGCUGUCAGGAGGUGGCCCGAGUGUGCCCCGUGGGCUUCUCGAUGACAGAGACAGCUAUCGGCAUCAGGUGUACCGACAUCGAUGAGUGCGUAAGCUCCUCUUGUGAGGGCCACUGCGUGAACACGGAAGGCGGGUUCGUGUGCGAGUGUGGGCCGGGCAUGCAGCUGUCUGCUGACCGCCACAGCUGCCAAGACACUGAUGAAUGCCUUGGGACCCCCUGCCAGCAGAGAUGUAAAAACAGCAUUGGCAGCUACAGGUGUUCCUGUAGAACUGGCUUCCAUCUCCACGGCAACCGGCACUCCUGUGUAGAUGUAAACGAGUGUCGGAGGCCACUGGAGAGGCGGGUCUGUCACCAUUCUUGCCAUAACACCGUGGGCAGCUUCCUGUGCACCUGCCAACCUGGCUUCAGGCUCCGAGCUGACCGAGUGUCCUGUGAAGCUUUCCCCAAAGCCGUGCUGGCCCCAUCUGCCAUCCUGCAGCCCCUGCAGCACCCCCCUAAGAUGCUACUGCUGCUUCCAGAGGCAGGCCGGCCCGCCCUCUCCCCAGGGCACAGCCCUCCUUCUGGGGCUCCAGGACCCCCAACUGGAGUCAGGACCACACGACUGCCACCUCCCACACCUGCACUGCCCACGGCCUCCGCUUCUGCCCUGACGCAGCUGCUGUCCACCCCAAUGGCCACCCCAGUGCCUAGUCCCUCUCUGUUGGGGACCCUCAGACCUCCCUCACAAAUCCAGGAGAAGGUGGUCGUGACCCCUUCCUUGCCCAGGGGCCCUGAGGCCACACAGCUGGCACCAGGGCCCUCUGCCUGUUGGCAUCUGGGAGCCAUGCAUGAGUCCGGGAGCCGCUGGACAGAGCCUGGCUGUUCCCAGUGCUGGUGCGAGGAUGGGGAGGUGACCUGUGAAAAGGUGACGUGUGAAGCUGCUUGUUCUCACCCGGUUCCCUCCGGAGAUGGGGGAUGCUGCCCAUUGUGUACAGGCUGUUUUCACAGUGGCGUCAUCCGGGCUGAAGGGGACGUGUUUUCACCUCCCAACCAGAACUGCACUGUCUGUGUCUGCCUGGCUGGAAAUGUGUCCUGCAUCUCCCCCGAGUGUCCUCCCGGCCCCUGUCAGGCCUCCCCGAAGUCAGAUUGCUGUACUUGUGUGCCAGUGAGAUGCUAUUUCCAUGGCCGGUGGUAUGCAGACGGGGCUGUGUUCAGUGGUGGUGGUGACGAGUGUACCACCUGUGUCUGCCAGAACGGGGAGGUGGAAUGUUCCUUCACGCCAUGUCCAGAACUGGAUUGCCCCCGCGAGGAGUGGUGGCUGGGCCCUGGGCAGUGCUGCUUCACCUGCAGGGAACCCGCACCCAUGACAGGCUGCUCUCUGGACGACAACGGGGUUGAGUUUCCGGUUGGACAGAUCUGGUCUCCCGGUGAUCCCUGUGAGUUAUGCAUCUGCCAGGCAGAUGGUUCAGUGAGCUGCAAGAGGACAGACUGUGUGGACUCCUGCCCUCACCCAAUUCGGAUCCCCGGACAGUGCUGCCCCGACUGUUCGGCAGGCUGCACCUACACAGGCAGAAUCUUCUACAAUAACCAGACCUUCGCGUCCGUGCUGGACCCGUGUCUGAGCUGCAUCUGCCUGCUGGGCUCGGUGGCCUGCUCGCCUGUGGACUGCCCCAUCACCUGCUCCUACCCUUUCCACCCUGACGGGGAGUGCUGUCCAGUGUGCCGAGACUGCAACUACGAGGGGAGGAAGGUGGGGAACGGCCAGGUGUUCACCUUGGACGAUGAGCCCUGUACCCAGUGCAUAUGCCAGCUGGGAGAGGUGAGUUGCGAGAAGAUGCCCUGCCGGCGGGCCUGCUCGGACCCCUCCACGCCCCCCAGGGACUGCUGCUUCUCCUGUCCAGAUUCCCUGGAAGAAAGCCGGGGUCCCUCCCCUCGUGGAGACUUUGAGCUCAGCAAAGUGGCCCGGACCCCCCGUGGAGACCCCGAGGCCCUGCUCAACUGCAGCUCCUGCCCGGGGCCCCCAGCGGUGUCACCUCAGAGGCCAGCGCUCCAGCUCCUCCAGCUCCUCCUGAGAACGAACCUGUCUAGCAUGCAGACUAUACCCGUGAGCCCCUCAGGAGCCCAGGCCUUACCCUCACCCCCUUUGGGGCCAGGGGCCAUGUUCCCAGGGGAGCCCGGGGCCUCCCAGCCCCCUCGGCCCUCAUCAGGGCCUUCAAUCCCUCCAGGAGCCUCCUCUCUACCUCCGGCCUCUCCCGGGGCUCCCGGGCCACCUCCUGUUACUCCAGAGCCCUCGUCCUCAGCCUCUGGGGCCCACACAGCAUCCAGACAGCCUUCUCUGCCUGCCACCAUCCGGCGUAGAGCCUCAGCCCUUUCCGUGAUGGGCCCCAGCCCCUCAGAGGCCCCUGUCACUAUCCUCAGGCCUCACAGACUGUCUCCAGCCACCUCCAGACUCUCUGCAGCCCUUGCAGCCACGGCCAGCCCUGGCCCCCAGGAGCCCACCAUGGGACCCUCACAGGAGGAGGAGUCCACAGUGUAAGCAGGCCUCCAUUUCAGGGCCGUGCCCGGGAGAUGCCAGACAGAGAAGACUCUGCCAGAGGCGCUGGGAGCUUGCAGGGCGGCUCUGAGGGCCAGUGAGGCUGCGGACUCCUUCAGGACCCCUGGUGGGGAUGGAAAACCCUCAGGGCCCAAUGUAGCCUUGCUCCCAAGAAGCAUCUGGGAUGUGUUGUGAGAAUCCAGCAACACGUUCUCCACCGUCAGCAUCCUCCCUGGACUGCGUGGGCCGCCUGUCUUCUGAGAAAGGUUGGGGCAGCUGAGUCCCUCCUCUGGAGGAGGAGGGUCCGCGGGGCCUGGGAUUCCACUGGGAUUGUGCCACCAGCUGUCAUGUGU